GGCUGGCGGCGACAGCGACCUGGGGACGAGUCCCGUGGCCUGCGCCGGGACGCGGACGCGGCCGGGCGCGGCUGGGCCAUGCUGCCUUUGUGCCACGCUGGGCGGGUGGCGCGCGGUGCGCAGGGUCCCGGCGUCCCCGCGAGCGCGCGCGGCGGGGGCCGCUGCUGAGCGGCGGAGGGAGCCUGGUCUCGCUAGGCUGCAGGGUAAGGCCAGCUGUGCACAGGAAUUCCUGUUCUUCACUUCCAGCAAGCCAGAGCUUCGUCAAUGGACUCUGACAUGGACUACGAACGACCCAACGUUGAGACCAUCAAGUGCGUGGUCGUGGGCGACAACGCUGUAGGGAAGACUCGCUUGAUCUGUGCCCGAGCCUGCAACACCACCCUGACGCAGUACCAGCUGUUGGCUACCCACGUGCCCACUGUGUGGGCCAUUGACCAGUACCGUGUCUGCCAGGAGGUCCUGGAGCGCUCCAGGGAUGUCGUUGAUGAAGUGAGUAUUUCCCUCAGGCUUUGGGACACCUUUGGAGAUCACCACAAAGACAGGCGGUUCGCAUACGGCAGGUCCGAUGUUGUGGUCCUCUGCUUUAGCAUCGCGAAUCCCAACUCCCUAAAUCAUGUGAAAACCAUGUGGUAUCAAGAAAUCAAGCACUUUUGCCCGCGAACGCCUGUCGUCCUGGUCGGCUGCCAACUAGAUCUCCGCUACGCCGACCUGGACGCUGUAAACCGGGCCAGACGUCCCUUAGCAAGGCCCAUAAAGAGAGGUGACAUUUUGCCCCCAGAGAAAGGCCGCGAGGUGGCGAAGGAACUUGGCAUCCCGUACUAUGAGACCAGCGUGUUUGACCAGUUUGGCAUCAAGGACGUGUUUGACAAUGCCAUCCGUGCGGCUCUCAUCUCCCGCCGGCACCUACAGUUCUGGAAAUCCCACUUGAAAAAAGUCCAGAAGCCUUUGCUUCAGGCGCCCUUCCUACCUCCGAAAGCUCCUCCCCCGGUCAUCAAGAUCCCCGAGUGUCCGUCCACGGGGACGAGCGACGCCUCCUGUUUACUGGACAACCCCCUGUGCGCCGACGUCCUCUUCAUUCUCCAUGACCGGGAGCACAUCUUUGCACACCGCAUUUACCUCUCUACCUCUUCUUCCAAAUUCUACGACCUUUUUUUAAUGGAGUGCGAAGAAUCUCGGGGGUGUGGAGGAGCUGGUGAGGAGGUACCAGGCAGGGAUUUUCAGGGGCGGACGCAGAGUCUUGGACCAGCCGAGGAAGGGAAGGAGGGCCCCCAAAGGACUCCUCAGGCUGACCCAGGAACAUCUUCAGGCCAGGACGUGCCGGAGAGUCUGGCUUUGCAGACAGAUGUCUCAGGUUCGGAGGCACACGUCCUGUCCGGCUGGAGCAAAGGGUUUGUGAGCAUGCACAGGGAGGUGCGGGUCAACCCCAUUUCCAAGCGGAUGGGCCCAGUGACCGUGGUCAGGCUGGACCCGUCGAUGCAGUCGGGCCCUUUCCGGACCCUGCUGAGAUUCCUCUAUUCUGGGCGGCUGGACGAAAAGGAGAAAGAUCUGCUGGGGCUUGCGCAGAUGGCCGAGGUCCUGGAGAUGUUUGAUCUGCGGAUGAUGGUGGAGAAUAUCAUGAACAAGGAGGCCUUUAUGAACCAGGAGAUCACGAAAGCCUUCCACGUCAGGAAAGCCAAUCGGAUCAAAGAAUGUCUCAGCAAGGGCACCUUCUCAGAUGUGACAUUUACCUUGGAUGACGGAGCCAUCAGCGCCCACAAGCCGCUGCUGAUCUGUAGUUGCGAGUGGAUGGCCGCCAUGUUCGGGGGUUCCUUUGUGGAAAGCACCAAUAGCGAGGUUCACCUCCCAAAUAUAAACAAGAUGUCGAUGCAGGCGGUGUUGGAAUACCUCUACACCAAGCAGCUGUCGCCCAACUUGGACCUGGACCCCCUGGAGUUAAUUGCCUUGGCAAACAGAUUUUGCCUGACACACUUGGUUGCACUUGUAGAGCAGCACGCUGUCCAGGAACUCACCAAGGCCGCUGUCAGUGGAGUGGGCAUCGAUGGUGAAGUCCUCUCCUACUUGGAGCUGGCUCAGUUUCACAAUGCCAACCAGCUAGCCGCCUGGUGUUUACAUCACAUCUGCACCAACUACAACAGCGUCUGUUCCAAGUUCCGCAAGGAAAUCAAAUCCAAGUCAGCAGACAACCAGGAGUACUUUGAGCGGCACCGCUGGCCCCCUGUGUGGUACCUGAAGGAGGAAGACCACUACCAGCGCGUGAAGAGGGAACGCGAGAAAGAGGACCUGGCGCUGAGCAAGCACCACACGAGGAGAAAGUGGUGCUUCUGGCACUCCUCUUCGUCGUCUCCGGCCGUCGCCUGAGGAGGAGAGAGGGGACCAUUACCCACGAAAGCCAGCCAUGGGCCACCUCCACCGUUGACAGCUCUACUGAAAAAAAAAAAAAACCAACAAACCAGUCUCCUUAGCCAUCUGCGCAGUUAGGGUUUGGGGCACUGGCUUUUCCACGCGUGUGCAUUUAUCUCCACCAGGAUCAAAGCACAAGCUUCUCAUCGAGCCAGGACAUAAAAGGAAUGACGACCGACUCUCCCGAUUCCUUCGACUCACAAUGUCCUUUUUUUUUUUCUU